CGUCGUCUCCUGAGGAAGGGAAAAAAAAAGCACCCACGUCUGGGAGAGACAAGAUACAGCCUCCACCAUCGCUGUUCACGCUGGCGACCCUCCGAAUUCACAUCUCGCCUCCCUGGCCCUCUUCUGCCUGUCCGCAAGCCCUGUCGAAUCCCUAGCCAAAGAUGGACGAAGCGCAAGUUCUACCGCCGCCACCAAUCGAGCCCAUCUCUCGACCAAGCUCGACGUCAACCUCUGCAUCUGCCAAUGUGCAGCAACUGCCCGGCAUUGCCUCCCUUGCAGCAAGUAACGCGACGGCUGAGCCCCCACAGCAGCAAAGCAUCCUUAGACCACCUCCAAUUCCUCAGCCUCAAAUGUAUCAUGGCGUCUCCCCUGCUGCUACAAGCGGCGGCAACAACGGCAACAUGCCGGUCUGCCAAAACUGCGGAACGUCAACAACGCCAUUAUGGCGACGUGACGAGUUUGGCUCCGUCCUUUGCAAUGCAUGUGGACUUUUUUUGAAGCUGCACGGACGACCGCGACCGAUAUCCCUCAAGACGGACGUUAUCAAGAGCCGAAACCGUGUUAAGACGAUGCGCCCAGAUCUGGCUCCCAAGAGAAAGCAGCAACAUCAACAACAUGGACACGGCUUCCCCCUCUCGACAGAUCCUAACAGUGCUGAGAACACUGCGGCACAAGCAAUUCGACGAGCGCAAAAGGCGAAUGGCGAAGGUCCCAACUCACCCAUCUCCCGCACCGGAACCCCUUCCAUGUACAACCAUGGCCUGCCUUCUUUCAUGGUGGACGACCCGUCCCAAGCAGGCGUCGGCGGUUUCAAUGGCGGGGAGGGACGUGCCGUCUCGCCCAUGAAUGGAGACCGUGGCCUUGAGUCUCCUCAAACACAAGAGCAACUCAUUGCGAAUAAUUCGAGUUUGAAAACAAGAGUCAGAGAACUUGAGUUCAUCAACGAACUAUUCCGCGGUCGUCUCAGCCAGCUUGAGCAGCAAGAAGCCGCUGCCUCUGAAGCUCUUAGGGGCCAAGAGGUCGCCGGCGUCGAGCAUACUCAGCUGCGGGCUCAACUAGACGUUAGCAGAGAAACCGAAAAUCAACUACGAGGUCAACUUGAAGAGAGUCACCGAAGGGAAAACAUCCUCAAGCGACGCCUCGAUGACCUGGAGCUUGAACUGAAGGCUGCGAAAGAAGCUCUCAAUGAAGCAGAUGCGCGGCCCUACAAGAGAGCACGCACCAUAGACUCUGACGAGGCUGUCAAGGCCGAAGCGGCUGAUGCUCUGGCUGCAGUCGCAGUUGCCGUUGCUCCAGAGCUAAUGGUUGAUGCCCAUAUGGCAGAAGUACCUGCUGCGGAGCACGUUGCUGAAGCACACGAAGAGCUGCCGUCCGGCAUGUCAAUGGAUGACGGCGCUGAUAUUACUCCCUCUGCCAUUACAGAGCCUGUUGUCGAGCCAUCCACAGAAUUGGCUACAGAACUAGCUGCAGAAGCGGCCCCUGCAGAUGCAGCUGAGACAGUUGUAGAAACAGUUACAGAGACGGUUAUCGAGACAACUGCCGAAGGAACUACGGAGAUGGUAACGGAGACAACGGCUGAGGCUGUGACUGAACCUGCUGCCGAGCCUACUACGGAGCCUGCUACUGAGCCUGCUGCCGAGUCUAUUACGGAGCCUACUACGGAGCCUACUGCUGAACCUGUUCCAGAGCCUGUUGCCGAAGCUACCACCGAGAUGGACUCAGCUCCAGAGGCAUCUAAGCCCGCCAUGGCAGACACAAAUAAUGCUACCCCAGAACUAGAGGGUGCUGCCGCCCCUGCAGAAGUCGCCGCUUAAAUUUCGCGUGCGAUGACUGCUGGGUUGCUGCAAACUCAGGGCUCCGAGCCCAAUACGCUUGUCCACUAACAGUAAUCCUCUUCUUUUUGUUCCUCUUCAUUUUGCCCUAGGAUGUGGCAGCGGCGGAUGCGUGGUAUAUGUUGACGAAUCUUGCUCAUUUUAAUACCCUUGUACGAAACCCGAUUUGAUAUCAGUCAACGGU